GCGCUUCCCUGGACUCGGCUCGGUUCUGAGGCUCCGAAGCCGACGCCGCUAGCUCAGGCCCGGGGGCGGGAGCUGGACUGCCCGCGCAGCCUGCGCCUGGGAGCCGCCGAGCCGGGAACGCCUCAUGGGACGCCCCCGGGGGCUCUCUUCAUGCCCUGCUGCCGCGUCCCAGUCCUAGGCGCCCGGGCUUCACAGCCCGCCCUGCCCGCAGCCCGCGGCCUGUCUGGAGAGGAGUAUGAGGCCCGGGGCCCCGCGGACGCCGGCCGUAGGGCGGCAGGGGCCUAGCUUCAGACCCCUGCGCCCGAGGGCGGCGGGUGAGGAGCCGCGGGAGCCAGCGAGGCGUCGGGGCGCGAAGAGGACCGCCCCAGCCCGGGCGCCCGAAGGGCCGCGGGACCCGUGUGCGGCCUGAGCGCCGACGAGGAGGCCGAGGCGCCCCGCCGUCGGGCUCUGGCGAAGGCGGCGAGGGGCUCCGCGGCGGCCCCCGACCCCUGGCCACCAUCCUCACGCUUCUGCUCCCGCGGGGGGGAUGUCGCGGCCCAGGCUCCGAGCGCCACCCCGGCCCCGGGGCUGAGCUCCGGACCAUGUCCUCCCGCAGCCCCCGGCCCCCGCCCCGCCGCUGCCGCCGCCGCCUGCCGCGCCCCUCCUGCUGCUGCUGCUGCUGCCGCCGCUCGCACCUCAACGAGGACACGGGCCGCUUCGUGCUGCUGGCGGCGCUCAUCGGCCUCUACCUGGUGGCGGGCGCCACAGUCUUCUCGGCGCUCGAGAGCCCGGGCGAGGCGGAGGCGCGGGCGCGCUGGGGCGCCACGCUGCGCAACUUCAGCGCCGCGCACGGCGUGGCCGAGCCGGAGCUGCGCGCCUUCCUCCGGCACUACGAGGCCGCGCUGGCCGCCGGCGUCCGGGCCGACGCGCUGCGCCCGCGCUGGGACUUCCCCGGCGCCUUCUACUUCGUGGGCACCGUGGUGUCGACUAUAGGUUUCGGCAUGACCACCCCCGCGACGGUGGGCGGGAAGGCCUUCCUCAUCGCCUACGGGCUGUUCGGCUGUGCCGGGACCAUCCUGUUCUUCAACCUCUUCCUGGAGCGCAUCAUCUCGCUGCUGGCCUUCAUCAUGCGCGCCUGCCGGGAGCGCCAGCUGCGCCGCAGUGGCCUGCUGCCCGCCACUUUCCGCCGCGGCUCGGCGCUCUCGGAGGCCGACUGCCUGGCGGGCUGGAAGCCCUCGGUGUACCACGUGCUGCUGAUCCUGGGCCUGUUCGCCGUGCUGCUGUCGUGCUGCGCCUCGGCCAUGUACACCAGCGUGGAGGGCUGGGACUACGUGGACUCGCUCUACUUCUGCUUCGUCACCUUCAGCACCAUCGGCUUCGGGGACCUGGUGAGCAGCCAGCACGCCGCCUACCGGAACCAGGGGCUCUACCGCCUGGGCAACUUCCUCUUCAUCCUGCUCGGCGUGUGCUGCAUCUACUCGCUCUUCAACGUCAUCUCCAUCCUCAUCAAGCAGGUGCUCAACUGGAUGCUGCGCAAGCUGAGCUGCCGCUGCUGCGCGCGCUGCUGCCCGGCGCCCGGCGCGCCCCUGGCUCGGCGCAACGCCAUCACCCCGGGCUCCCGGCUGCGCCGCCGCCUGGCCGCGCUCGGCGCCGACCCCGGGGCCCGCGACAGCGACGCCGAGGGCCGCCGCCUGUCGGGCGAGCUCAUCUCCAUGCGCGACCUCACGGCCUCCAACAAGGUGUCGCUGGCGCUGCUGCAGAAGCAGCUAUCCGAGACGGCCAACGGCUACCCGCGCAGCGUGUGCGUCAACACGCGCCAGAACGGCUUCUCGGGCGGCGUGGGCGCGCUGGGCAUCAUGAACAACCGCCUGGCCGAGACCAGCGCCUCCAGGUAGACGCGCGCCCGCCCGCCCGGCCGCGCCAGGGACCCUCACCAGGCCGGCGUGCCGCUGGGCGUGGUUUGCUUUCCUUCUCUCAGACGCUGGCGCUUUCUUAAUCUUUAUCCAAUAAAAUGAAACCAAAAAAAAAUUUU